CACCUUCAUCGGUACUGCAGGCAGCACCCUCUGCCGGCCUCUUCACCUCCCCUCAGUGCACACACUGACUGCUGUUGCCUUUGAGGUUUGCGGGUGACCUUGGUUGUGUGGGUCACCUCACCAAGGAAGCAGAAAGUGCUUAUGAAGAACCUUCUUUUCCCCUCCCAGAGCGUAGGCCCAGGAGGUCCCCUCCUGUGUGUAAUGCUCUUUUCUGUCUCAGGCUGUAGCAAGGUGCUGCUGAAGCCCAGGACAUCGGAGGAGGUGUCUCACAUCCUCAGGUACUGUCAUGAGAGGAACCUGGCUGUGAACACCCAGGGGGGCAACACGGGCCUGGUGGGGGGCAGCGUUCCUGUCUUUGAUGAGAUCAUCCUGUCUACUUCCCUCAUGAACCAGGUGGUCAGCUUCCACAACCUGUCUGGGAUCCUGGUUUGCCAGGCGGGGUGCAUCCUGGAGGAGCUGAGCCGGUACGUGGAAGAGCGGGACUUCAUCAUGCCCCUGGAUUUGGGAGCAAAGGGCAGCUGCCACAUUGGGGGGAACCUGGCGACCAAUGCUGGUGGUCUGCGGUUUCUGAGAUACGGCUCGCUGCGUGGGACUGUCCUGGGCCUGGAAGCGGUGCUUGCCGACGGCACCAUCCUGAACUGCCUCACCUCCCUGCGGAAGGACAACACCGGCUAUGAUCUGAAGCAGCUCUUCAUUGGGUCAGAGGGUACCCUGGGGGUCAUUACCGCCGUGUCCAUCCUGUGUCCGCCCAAGCCCAGGGCUGUGAAUGUGGCCUUCCUUGGUUGCCCAGGCUUUGCUGAGGUUUUGCAGACUUUCAGGACCUGCAGGGAGAUGCUGGGGGAGAUCCUGUCAGCGUACGAGUUCAUGGAUGCUGAGUGCAUGCAGCUGGUCAAGCACCACCUCUCCCUCACCAGCCCAGUGCAAGAAAGUCCGUUCUAUGUUUUGGUCGAGACCUCAGGCUCUAGAGGGGAGCACGAUGCUGAAAAGCUGAGCAGCUUCCUGGAAUCUGUGCUGGGCUCCGGCCUGGUGACUGACGGGACCCUGGCUACUGACCAGAGGAAAAUCAAGACGCUGUGGGCCCUGCGGGAGAGGAUCACGGAGGCACUGAGCCGGGAUGGCUACGUGUACAAGUAUGACAUCUCCCUGCCUGUGGACAGGCUGUACGACCUUGUGACCGACCUGCGCGCCCGCCUCGGCUCAAAGGCCAAGCACGUGGUGGGCUACGGCCACCUGGGGGACGGCAACCUGCACCUCAACAUCACAGCAGAGGCCUUCAGUGCAUCGCUGCUGGGUGACCUGGAGCCUUACGUGUACACAUGGACGGCAGGGCAGCGGGGCAGCGUCAGCGCCGAGCACGGUGUCGGCUUCAGGAAGCAGAGCGUCCUUGGGGAGGGGGUCUCCUGCCGGAACAUCCUGGACAGGUCGGUGGAUGAGUGGUUCUGCCCACUCAGAAAUAGACCAAGGAGCACCUGCCUUUGUUUGAGGACCGCAGCCCUGGGAAGAGCACUGUGGUCCUGCUCCCCCACCCCCCAUGUGGAACAGUGCGAGCCCAGCUGCCUGGGUGGUGGUGAUGACUUCACAUGGACAACGUAGAGCACCAAUCCUUCCUGAGGCUCUAACCCCAGAGCCUGGCUCACCAGGGGCUUCAUCGGUGACGUGGAAUGAGUGACUGCUGGGCCCUGGAACGUGUUAUUUCCCUCCACAGUAGUCAGAGCUCAGGCCUCUGUCUCUUGCACUUGGCUGUCUGCUGUGAUGAGUCCAGACAGAUGGGCCAUCCGCGGCGAGGCCCCGACAGGCACAUGUACAUGCUCACCACACAGCCUUCCUGUGUUCCUGCUUCAGUGACCCCCCAGCUUGGUUGUCCCUGUGGACUUGUGGCCCCUGGGCAGCUUCUGGGCUGUGGUGACUGUCUGGGAGGUGGGACGCACUUUCCCUUUCUGGCUGUUGUGAACUUCCAGUAAAAGUAGAAUCAAUCAGGACA